AUGGGCCUGAAGUGGUUUGGAUUGUGCAGUCAUGUUUCAGGAGUCAGCGCUUUUCAGAAUGUUCGGCUGGAUCGGGCAUGCGGCUCCGCCUGCGCAGGUACCAUGACUAAGCUGGUGGAACCACCGGAGAGCCCGAACCUAAUCGGGACUAGUGCCAAAACAACCAUGGCACAAUCACCUGACCGCGACUCCUUGCAGAGUGGAUGA